ACUGAACCUAUGUUUAAGUCUGUCUAGGACUAGGGUUCCCCAACACUCUCCUCUGCCUCUAUAUAUACGCUUAUUCCCUAUGGAAUAACAGCACAAUAUUAGUGAGAGAUCUCUACCUGUCAAGAAUCUCAUAAGGAAAGAGGCCAGAGAGGAUAAGGGAUUUAUUCCAGUUCAUUCAUCUAUCAUGGAUCCAGAGUUGUACCCGAUGCUUAUUCAAUGCAUACUUGGACUGGUCAAGCACAAUAAAACAUGACGGAGUCACUUAACUUCUUGUUCCGUUUAGAAACCAGAGUAUGUAAUACUACCGAUUAUUAAACAUUUAAAUCUUUCCCCUCUCAAUCUAAUUCUCACUUGAUCGUCUUCUUCCUGUCCCUUGCGCCGCUGCUGUUUGGGAUGAGCAAGCACGGUCAGCUUCAAGGACAUUUCAGCCGCUCAAGCCCAUAUGAUCCUCGGUCAUGUCAGGCCUUCGCCCACAGUGGUUCUGGAGUAAAAAAUUGGCCGCUGUUGAGAACCACCGUGAAGGCCCUUCGGCAGUUGAUGCGGUUGGAGAUGGAGAAGAGAGGGACCCUCGACUUUAUCCUUCAACGAGUGACGAUGGAUGCUCUGCCAUUGUUUAUCGAAGAGAGGUAUUCUCAGCGAGGACACUUGCUACUGGCGAAAUAGUGGAUCGAGCUUCGGAUGGUCUCUGUUGGCGGGCGGUCAGCUGAGUCCCACUCCGAGUUUGGCAAGGGCCACUACGGCUGCGAAGGCUAUAAGCCGGAGCAACGACAUCUACGAGAUUUGCAGCUAUGGCGGCAAUAUCUGGGAGGCGGCAGGAGGUCUAAAGUCGGUGGUUACUCUUCCGGCUUGGAUCUGGAUAUUUUUCAAAUCCAAAAUUCUAGCUUUUCCUUUUCUUCUGAAAUUGCCGAAACAUUUUUAUUUUGAUUUUUCUGAUUGGGAUGAAUUUUUUAAUGUUUUAGGAGGGAAUGAUAGCUUAUGGGAUCCAAUCUAUGUAAUACUACCUCCAUCACACUAUGUUUGGAUAAAGGGGUGUGACACAACUUUUUGG